GCGGCGGUCGGCGCGGGACGGGCGGCGGCGGCGGGCCUCCUGCGAGCCCAGAGCCUCGGGGUGUGGCGGGGGCUGGGCACCUCGGCCCCCCUCCUGCAGCAAGCCCAGGCCAAGUCCCACAGUGCCAAGGCUGAGGGGACAUUCCAGGUGACGAUGCUGCCGGGGGAUGGCGUGGGCCCGGAGCUGAUGCACGCCGUCAAGGAGGUCUUCAAGGCUGGCAGUGUCCCCGUGAUCUUCGACGAGCACCACCUGAGCGAGGUGCAGAACACGGCGUCCGAGGAGAAGCUGGAUCGGGUGGUGGAUUCCAUGAAGGAGAGCAAGGUGGCCCUCAUCGGGAAGAUCCACACGCCCAUGGAGUACAAGGGAGACCUGGCGUCCUACGACAUGAGGCUCAGGAGGAAGCUGGACCUGUUUGCCAACGUGGUGCACGUCAAGAGCCUGCCGGGGUACCAGACCCGGCACAACAACCUGGACCUGGUGAUCAUCCGCGAGCAGACCGAGGGCGAGUACAGCUCCCUGGAGCACGAGAGCGUCAGGGGGGUGAUCGAGUGCCUCAAGAUCAUCACCAGGGCCAAGUCCCAGCGCAUCGCCAAGUUCGCCUUCGACUACGCCACCAAGAAGGGCCGGGCCAAGGUGACAGCUGUGCACAAAGCCAACAUCAUGAAGCUGGGGGAUGGGCUGUUCCUGCAGUGCUGCAAGGAGGUGGCUGAGCUCUACCCCAAGAUCAAAUUCGACACCAUGAUCAUCGACAACUGCUGCAUGCAGCUGGUGCAGAAUCCCUACCAGUUCGACGUCCUGGUGAUGCCCAACCUCUACGGGAACAUCGUGGACAACCUGGCGGCGGGGCUGGUGGGCGGCGCCGGCGUCGUGCCCGGCGAGAGCUACAGCGCCGAGUACGCCGUCUUCGAGCUGGGAGCCCGGCACCCCUUCGCCCAAGCCGUGGGCAGGAACAUCGCCAACCCCACGGCCAUGCUGCUGUCGGCCUCCAACAUGCUGCGGCACCUCAACCUGGAAUACCACUCCAACAUGAUCUCGGACGCCGUGAAGAAAGUGAUCAAGGGUGGAAAAGUGCGCACGGCGGACAUGGGGGGCUACUCCACCUCCCUGGAUUUCACCCAGGCCGUGAUAGAUGCCCUGGAGGUUUAGUGGCCCCAGCCCCGCCGACUCCAAUAAAGUGGCCUCAGGCGUGUGACCGUG